AUGGAAAACGGGUCACCCAAAUUAUGCAUUUGCCAAAUAUGUACUUGCGGUCGACAUAAAUGUCCACAUCAAAGACCUGGCACGCAAAUAACAAAACCAUGUGGGAUUUCGGAAUAUACUACACAGUUUAUUGCCCAUCCUAUUGCACCAGUGAAAUCAUGUAAACCACCUCACAAAGGUGUACAAGGUGAAGGUCAUAUGGCAUCGGCUACUACACAUCGCAUUGAUUAUAUACCGCAUCCAUUGAGUAUGCAAACGAGCUGUAGAAAAGAAUCACCAUAUAAACCGCCACAAGCUAUAUUCGACGGUUUGACUACAUAUGCAAAAGAAUAUACUGGACAACCUGGUCAGAUGGCUGUUGCAAUUAAGCCAGCUGUUAGAACUGGUCCCUCAGCCAAGUUUGAAGGUGAAGCCACUUAUACCGCUGAUUACAGACCAUGGAAAUUAGAGAGACAUGAAGUCGGUUUUGGCAGAGAAUCAGGAUAUCCUCUUCCAACUGGAAAAUUUGCAAGUAAAAGUACCACAAGAGAGGACUAUGUGCCACAUUUAAAUUAUCGACCACCGGAAUCUUGUAAACCACUUAAUCAACGUACAGAUAAUCUAGCACCUUUCGAUGGUGCAACUUUAUAUAGUACAGAGUUUACACCGAAAUAUGUGGAACCUUGUCCAGCUAGUCUACUUAACACUAGUCGAAGCAAAUAUGUUUACACUUCAACGAGUGAUAAAGGACAUCAAAUUUAUCGUAGACUAUCAUCCAAUGCUUCAAUACCAACUAAUGGUCAACAACAUCCAAUGACAAUGCAAAAUGAACCAUUAACAGUAGCCCAUUGA